GGAGGACUGAAUAUUUGUUGCGCUGGUCAUGAACGGUGAAAUGUCAACGAUGAAGAUUAUCAUGCUGUCCUGAUUGAGAUUUAUUUUAAACGUGGGCAAUAUUUUACCUUCAGUGGGAUAUCCAAAAAACAGUGUUUAUAGAAUAAUGGCUCGGGUGGUGAAAGUGAUACGGACUCUACGUAAUCACUGGAAAAAGUCCACAUUUGCUGCGUGUGUGCUGUCAUAUGGGGGACACUGGCUGUAUGGAAAGCACUGUGACAAUGUGCUGCGACGAGAAGCGUGUAAAGAGGCCAGGGAAUUCGGUCAACAAUUAAUUUUACCUCAGGAGCAGCUGAAGAAAGCCACAGUCAUUCUGAAUCCUGCUGCAUGUAAAGGAAAAGCCAGUAAUUUGUUUGAGAAGAAUGCAGCUCCAAUUUUACACUUGGCUGGUGUGGAGGUUAAAAUUGUAAAGACGGAUUAUGAAGGCCAGGCAAAAAAGCUCAUGGAAUUGAUGGAGCAAACAGAUAUGCUGAUUAUUGCUGGUGGUGAUGGGACGCUGCAGGAAGUUAUAACUGGCCUACUGCGCAGAACUGAUGAGGAGACCUUCAGUAAAAUACCAAUCGGUUUCAUUCCUCUGGGUUCCAAGAACUCUCUGAGUCAGAGUCUGCAUCUAGUUUCUGACAACAAGGCACAGCACAUUACGUCAGCAACCCUGUCAAUUCUGAAAGGAGAAACAGUUUCAUUAGAUGUUCUUCAGAUAAAAGGAGAAAAGGAGCCAGUGUUUGCCCUGUUAGGCUUACGUUGGGGUGCUUUUAGAGAUGUCGCCUCUUCUAUAAGCAAAUAUUGGUACCUUGGCCCCUUGAAAACAAGAGCAGCACAUUGGUUUAGUACCCUUAAGGAAUGGCCACAGAUUCACCAGGCCUCCCUCUCUUAUUUGGCUCCUGUACCCCGACCACCUGACCUGCUCAUUGAGAAGCCGCCCCGGCCAAACCUUCUCUUCCGCAUCUACCGCAGACUUCAGAACUACUGGAACCCUCCUAUUGAAGUGCCACUGAAAGAGCCAGAGCCAGAGCAAUGGGAGAACAAAGACAUUUCCACAGUGGAACUCUCAGUUAUCACACACAAUAACAACCCUGUUAAGAGGCGUGUAGAUGAUUCGAUGCUGAUAACUCUGGAGCCAGACUCCUUCACUGUUGGACAGUUUAUCACUGAGGGGACCAAGAAAGCAGUGGAUCCAGUGCAGUCUAAAGAAAAUGCUUUGCAUAUAGAAGCCAGUGCUGCUUGUCUUAAUCUGCCCAAGGAGGGUGCUGGCUAUUAUGACAUCGACAAUGAGGAAUAUGAGGCAAUGUCUGUGGAAGUGAGACUGUUGCCACGGAAACUAAGGUUCUUUUGCAGUCCACAGCGCAAAGAACAGCUUGCACAGGCUCACUGAGGACAGUGACGCGUUGUUGUCGGUUAUGUAAAAGUGUGAAGAACUGCUGUCCAUUGAGACACUCUCCACGUCCUUAUACUAUGAGAGAAACUGAACAUACCAGUUACUACACACAGUGGAGUCAAAUGAACUUGUACAGGGUUAACAAAGAAACUGCUACAGCAUGUCAUCACACUCUGAUGGAGAAACAGUUUGUGUUCUAUAGAUAUUAAGUCUUUGUAAGGGUUCUUUAUGAAGUCAAGUAGGUUUGUGUGUGUGUGUGUGUGUUUUUGUUUGUUUGCAUUUGGUGUCAUCUGUCAAAAGCAGUAAAUUUAAAUGGUUAAUAAGAUAUUGGAGAGUUCUCUGGAAAAGGUUUAUGAGAGAAUGAUGCUGUGGCAGAUCUCUGCCUCCCCUACCAAUUGGGGGCGGGUGGACAGUUCACUCAGAUACAACAUACAAAGUGCUAUCUAGCCCAAAUCUCUCUCUCUCUCCCUAACUGGCAUCUCCCGGCUGAUUGGGGUAACUCCGCACCAGUCGUCCAUCCUUAUGGCCCGGCCAUGUCCUCCUCGUCACAUGUGCCUUCAAGUUUUUCUAUUACAAAAUGGAUGAGGAGGUUAUACCAUAGGCACAAAGUCUAGACUGAUUUACAUUGAUAAACUGUAAAGGUUAUAUUCAAAUAUCUUUUAUCAUAAUAUGAAGAGUGCAAUGAAUGCACUAGAACCUGCUUUUAAAAACUGAAAACAUUCAACUAUGCUGUAAAUGCCUGCCCAGAUAAGGACCAAUAAUUAAUGUCAAUAUAAUUCUCUAAUUAUUGUUCUUAUUAGUAAAGCAUAGCUUUAUAUGUACUUGUUAAUGCUCUUUCUCCUAUAUUGUCAAUUAAUGCAAUGGUUGUAAACAGUCACAAAUCAACAUUGCACAAAGCAUGUGGUAUAAAAGAAGGAACCAUUUAUUUCAUAAUGGCAGUGAAUAAGAAUCACUGGCUUUAAAACAACAGACACAUGCUGAAGUUUCUAUUACUGUAUAGGUAGUGUGUAAGAAAGACAGACACAUUUAUACUAGUGCUUGGUGAUAGCGGUAGAGUAAAUCUCAACAUUCAUUUAGCCUGUUUUUGUGACAAAGAAUUGGUGUAGCACCAAAAUAACUCACAAAAUUUAAUUUAUCAUACACAACACCAGACAAUUAAACCUGUACAAUUACAGUAUGUUACAUGGCUGUUAAAUAUAUAGUCUCCAUUUAUUUACAAUGGGAGGACAAUAAACUGAUCUUUAUCCAAAAGAAAAAAAAAGAUUGAAUUACAGAGGAAAGUUUCUUUCAAUUUCUAAACUAAAUGUAAACAAACCAAAAAAAAAUCCACAUUUAACCAUUAUAUCCUUAUAAUCAACUGGGCAAGAUGCAACUCAGUAUCAUUUACUGUAAUUUAUUGAGCUCCAUCAAACUGAGCGCCUGCACUCAUUGCCAAGAUUUUUGUACUUUUUGUGUGCUUACUCUCAAUAUGGUUGAUGUUGUCAGCAGGUUUAAAAAUGUAUCUGUAAUUUAAAUUUAAUCAACAUUGACAGUGGAUGGAAAUGGAAAGGAUUAUGCAAAUAAUUAUAUAAAAUGUUCACCUAGGUUAAUAGUUUUAUGAAUCACUUGAACAGACUGUUGUCUAGUUUGGGUCUUUACAGGACAUAGCUCCAGAAACAAACAUUCAAACCCACAAUCAACAUUUUGAGGUCAAUCUGCUGCUGUUGUGCAGCAGUGAUCAACCCCGAUACAUUUAAAUAACAAACCCAGGUAUAUACAUAUUCACUUAAUCAAGUAUUAGAGCAUUUACUGAUGAUGACAAAGACAGAAAUAUAAUCACAUUCAUGUCUUCAGAGCAAAUUAAAUGACCAACAAAGCUGAACAUA